UUCCUGGAUUGGGGGGGGGGGCGGAGCACUCCCACGCACAUACACACACACACACACAAGCGACACGACACGCUCCGCACGGCUUGCUUGACAACAUGGCAACAGCAGCAGCUCCGUGAGAGCCCCAGUUGGUGGAUCUACCUAAGCCAAGAGAGACAUUGAAGCCCACCUCAGAUCCCUCCCCCCGCACCCUUCUUGGAGGCUCAAUAGGGUCCCCCCAGGCAGCACCGCCGCCACCACCAAAUCCCCGCUGCUUCUCUCUUUCCCUCCCUCCCACCACCCCCUCUCCCUUCCCUUCUCGGCGAGGUUCCCUCUUCUCGCUCUCCUCGUUUGAAAUAAAGAUCUGCUCUUGACGGUGUCGGCGGCGGCGGCGGCCAGAGGUGCUGUGUGUGCUCAAUGCUUGGCGGGGGCCCGGAUGUUCUCUGAGGAUGCUUUGCAAUCCCACUCAAGGAGGCAGUAGUGGAAAGGAUCAGUUUUUGGGCUUUGAUGCAAUCAUGGGAAUCAGGUAAUAACCAGUCGGGAGAAUCUAAAUCGCCGCUGCAGCUCCGGUUUCUUCCUUGAACUGCUCACCCCAUCUGGGUUGGUUGGUUUUUCCUUUCCCGGUUUUGGAGGAAUUAAAAUCUGGACUCCGCUUGGGUUAUUUUUGUGGUCCUUCAUUCCUCUCUUAAAUGGUCAAUGAAAACAAGACGACGAUGUACAUUCCAGAAGAAAACCACCAAGGUUCUAACUAUGCGAGUCCCCGUCCAGCUCAUGCCAACAUGAAUGCCAAUGCAGCUGCAGGGCUUGCCCCUGAGCAUAUCCCUACUCCAGGUGCAGCCCUCUCCUGGCAGGCUGCUAUCGAUGCUGCCAGGCAGGCCAAGCUGAUGGGUGCUGCCGGCAAUGCAACAAUAUCCACUGCUAGCUCCACGCAGAGGAAACGGCAGCAGUACGGGAAACAGAAAAAACAGGGUACCACCACAGCUACACGGCCUCCCCGGGCACUGCUGUGUUUAACACUGAAAAAUCCCAUCCGGAGAGCAUGCAUCAGUAUUGUUGAAUGGAAACCAUUUGAAAUUAUUAUUUUACUGACUAUUUUUGCCAAUUGUGUGGCCUUAGCUAUCUAUAUCCCCUUUCCAGAAGAUGAUUCCAAUGCUACCAAUUCCAAUCUGGAACGAGUGGAAUAUCUCUUUCUCAUAAUUUUUACAGUGGAAGCAUUUUUAAAAGUAAUAGCAUAUGGACUUCUCUUUCAUCCUAACGCUUACCUCCGCAAUGGCUGGAAUUUACUAGAUUUUAUAAUUGUGGUCGUAGGGCUUUUUAGUGCAAUUUUAGAACAAGCAACCAAAGCAGAUGGGGUAAAUUCAAUAGGAGGCAAAGGUGCCGGAUUUGAUGUGAAAGCACUUCGGGCUUUCCGAGUACUGCGUCCCUUACGACUGGUAUCUGGAGUUCCUAGCCUCCAGGUGGUUUUAAAUUCCAUUAUCAAGGCCAUGGUCCCUUUGCUACACAUUGCCCUGCUGGUGCUGUUUGUCAUAAUUAUCUAUGCCAUCAUUGGACUGGAGCUUUUCAUGGGAAAGAUGCACAAGACUUGUUAUGUAAGUGGGAGCAUCUUAACAGAUCCACCAGCAGAAGAGGAUCCCUCACCUUGUGCCCCUGACUCUUCACACGGGCGUCAGUGUCAGAAUGGCACAGUGUGCAGAGCAGGAUGGGAGGGGCCCAAGCAUGGUAUUACCAACUUCGACAACUUUGCCUUUGCCAUGUUAACUGUGUUUCAAUGCAUCACCAUGGAGGGCUGGACAGAUGUGCUGUACUGGAUGCAGGACGCUAUGGGCUAUGAGUUACCCUGGGUGUACUUUGUCAGUCUGGUCAUCUUUGGAUCCUUUUUCGUUCUUAAUCUGGUUCUUGGUGUAUUGAGCGGGGAGUUUUCUAAAGAAAGAGAGAAGGCAAAAGCUCGGGGUGACUUUCAAAAGUUACGGGAGAAACAGCAACUGGAAGAGGACUUGAAGGGAUAUCUGGACUGGAUAACUCAAGCAGAAGAUAUUGACCCAGAAAAUGAAGAUGAAGGCAUGGAUGAGGAGAAGCCCCGAAACAUGAGCAUGCCCACCAGUGAGACAGAAUCUGUGAACACCGAUAAUGUGGCAGGAGGUGAUAUUGAAGGAGAAAACUGUGGUGCACGGCUGGCGCAUCGGAUCUCAAAAUCUAAGUUUAGCCGCUACUGGCGCAGGUGGAAUCGGUUCUGCAGACGAAAAUGUCGAGCUGCUGUCAAGUCCAAUGUGUUCUACUGGCUCGUGAUCUUCCUUGUGUUUCUGAACACUCUCACUAUUGCCUCUGAACAUUACAGCCAGCCUGACUGGCUCACUGAAGUUCAAGACACUGCCAAUAAGGUACUGCUGGCUCUUUUCACGGCUGAGAUGCUGCUGAAGAUGUACAGCCUGGGUCUUCAGGCCUACUUUGUAUCUCUCUUCAACCGCUUUGACUGUUUCAUCGUUUGUGGAGGAAUCCUGGAGACCAUUUUGGUAGAAACCAAGAUCAUGUCACCACUGGGUAUCUCAGUGCUGAGAUGUGUCCGACUACUGAGAAUAUUUAAAAUCACAAGGUAUUGGAAUUCCUUGAGUAAUCUGGUGGCUUCCCUGCUCAACUCGGUGCGCUCCAUCGCCUCUCUGCUGCUUCUCCUCUUCCUCUUCAUCAUCAUCUUCUCCCUCCUAGGGAUGCAGCUCUUUGGGGGCAAGUUUAACUUUGAUGAGAUGCAAACCAGGAGAAGCACAUUUGACAACUUUCCCCAGUCACUCCUCACUGUGUUUCAGAUCCUGACUGGGGAGGACUGGAAUUCGGUGAUGUAUGAUGGGAUCAUGGCUUAUGGCGGCCCCUCUUUUCCAGGAAUGUUGGUCUGUAUUUACUUCAUCAUCCUCUUCAUCUGUGGAAACUACAUCUUGCUGAAUGUGUUUUUGGCCAUUGCUGUGGACAACCUUGCUGAUGCUGAGAGCCUGACAUCUGCUCAAAAGGAGGAGGAAGAGGAAAAAGAAAGGAAAAAACUAGCUAGAACUGCUAGUCCUGAAAAGAAGCAGGAGCUCGAGAAGCCAGCUGUGGAGGGGGAGACGAAGGAGGAGAAAAUUGAGCUGAAAUCGAUCACUGCUGAUGGAGAGUCUCCUCCUUCUAACAAGAGCAAUGUAGAUGAAUACCAACCUAACGAAAAUGAAGAAAAGAAUCCCUAUCCUGCUACAGAAACACAAGGAGAGGAAGAAGAGGAAGAGCCUGAGAUGCCUGUUGGGCCUCGUCCACGCCCAAUGUCUGAAUUGCAUCUCAAGGAGAAAGCAGUGCCAAUGCCAGAUGCCAGUGCUUUUUUCAUCUUCAGCCCCAGCAACAGGUUUCGGGUCCACUGCCAUCGCAUCGUUAAUCAUAACAUUUUUACCAACCUGAUCCUCUUUUUCAUCUUGCUCAGCAGUAUCUCUCUGGCAGCUGAAGAUCCUGUCCGAUACACCUCCGUUAGGAAUCAAAUUCUCUUUUAUUUUGAUAUAUUUUUUACUGUCAUUUUCACCAUUGAAAUUGCUCUGAAGAUCCUAGGCAAUGCAGAUUAUGUCUUCACUAGUAUCUUUACAUUAGAAAUUAUUCUUAAGAUGACUGCUUAUGGGGCUUUCCUCCACAAAGGCUCCUUCUGCAGGAACUACUUCAACAUCCUGGACCUGCUGGUGGUUAGCGUUUCCCUCAUCUCCUUUGGGAUCCAGUCUAGUGCCAUCAAUGUAGUGAAGAUACUAAGAGUCCUGCGAGUGCUGAGACCACUGAGGGCCAUCAACAGAGCCAAAGGACUAAAGCAUGUGGUCCAAUGUGUGUUUGUAGCCAUCCGAACCAUUGGGAACAUUGUGAUCGUCACCACUUUGUUGCAGUUCAUGUUUGCCUGCAUUGGAGUUCAGUUGUUCAAGGGCAAACUGUACAGCUGCACUGAUAGCUCCAAGCAAACAGAAGCAGAAUGCCAGGGCAAUUUUAUCACUUACAAGGAUGGAGAGGUCUCUCAACCAAUGAUCCAGCCUCGAAGCUGGGAGAACAGCAAAUUUGAUUUUGACAAUGUCCUCACUGCCAUGAUGGCCCUUUUCACCGUUUCAACCUUUGAAGGCUGGCCAGAACUGCUGUACCGAUCCAUUGAUUCCCAUAUGGAAGAUGUGGGGCCCAUCUAUAACCACAGGGUGGAGAUCUCAAUUUUCUUCAUUAUCUACAUCAUCAUCAUCGCUUUCUUCAUGAUGAACAUCUUCGUUGGUUUCGUCAUCGUCACUUUUCAGGAGCAAGGAGAGCAGGAGUACAAGAACUGUGAGCUGGACAAGAACCAGCGCCAGUGUGUCGAAUAUGCUCUGAAGGCCCGCCCUCUACGGAGAUAUAUCCCUAAAAACCAGUACCAGUACAAAGUGUGGUAUGUGGUGAACUCCACCUAUUUUGAAUACCUGAUGUUUGUUCUCAUCCUGCUAAAUACCAUCUGCCUGGCCAUGCAGCACUAUGGUCAGAGCUGCAUCUUUAAAGAAGCAAUGAACAUCCUCAACAUGCUGUUCACAGGCCUCUUCACCGUUGAGAUGGUUCUGAAAUUAAUUGCUUUCAAACCCAAGCACUAUUUCUGUGAUGCAUGGAAUACAUUUGACGCCUUGAUUGUUGUGGGUAGCAUUGUUGAUAUAGCAAUCACCGAGGUGAACCCAGCUGAACAUACCCAAUGUUCUUCCUCUAUGACCGCAGACGAAAACUCUCGCAUCUCAAUCACCUUUUUCCGACUCUUCCGUGUGAUGCGUCUGGUGAAGCUCUUGAGCCGAGGGGAAGGCAUCCGCACGCUGCUGUGGACCUUCAUCAAGUCCUUCCAGGCUCUCCCUUAUGUGGCUCUUUUAAUAGUGAUGCUCUUUUUCAUCUAUGCUGUGAUCGGGAUGCAGGUGUUUGGUAAAAUUGCCCUGAAUGAUACCACAGAAAUUAACCGGAACAACAACUUUCAGACUUUCCCUCAGGCAGUGCUGUUGCUUUUCAGGUGUGCGACUGGUGAAGCUUGGCAGGAAAUCAUGCUGGCAUGCCUCCCAGAUAAGAAGUGUGAUCUCGAAUCUGUGGAGCCAAACAACUUUCCUGAAGGUGAACAUUCUUGUGGGAGCAGCUUCGCCAUCUUUUAUUUCAUCAGUUUCUACAUGCUUUGUGCCUUUCUAAUCAUCAAUCUUUUUGUAGCUGUUAUAAUGGAUAACUUUGAUUACCUAACACGGGACUGGUCCAUUCUGGGUCCUCAUCAUCUGGAUGAGUUUAAACGGAUCUGGGCUGAAUAUGAUCCCGAAGCCAAGGGACGUAUCAAACACCUUGAUGUGGUGACACUCCUGCGUCGGAUACAGCCCCCAUUGGGUUUUGGGAAACUCUGCCCUCACAGGGUGGCUUGCAAACGUCUUGUCUCCAUGAAUAUGCCACUGAAUAGUGAUGGGACUGUCAUGUUUAAUGCUACCCUGUUUGCACUCGUCAGAACAGCACUGAGGAUCAAAACCGAAGGUAACUUGGAGCAAGCCAAUGAGGAGCUGCGUGCAAUCAUUAAGAAAAUCUGGAAACGUACAAGCAUGAAACUUCUGGAUCAGGUUGUGCCCCCAGCAGGUGAUGAUGAGGUAACAGUUGGAAAGUUCUAUGCCACAUUCCUGAUCCAAGAGUAUUUCCGGAAAUUCAAGAAACGCAAAGAACAAGGCCUUGUUGGUAAACCAUCACAGCGGAAUGCUCUCUCUCUUCAGGCUGGUCUGCGCACAUUACAUGACAUUGGACCAGAGAUUCGACGGGCAAUCUCUGGAGACUUGACAGCUGAAGAAGAGUUGGACAAGGCUAUGAAAGAAGCUGUUUCUGCUGCCUCAGAAGAUGAUAUUUUCAGGAGAGCUGGUGGCUUGUUUGGAAAUCAUGUCAGCUACUACCAAAGUGAUGGCAGAAGUUCAUUUCCUCAGACAUUUACUACUCAACGCCCUUUGCACAUCAACAAAUCUAGCAACAACCAGGGAGAUACCGAAUCCCCAUCCCAUGAGAAACUUGUGGAUUCCACCUUUACUCCAAGCAGUUACUCAUCAUCAGGCUCCAACGCUAACAUCAACAAUGCCAACAACACUGCCUUGAGCCGCUUCCCGAGCCCACAAAGCUACCCCAGCACUGUCAGCACUGUGGAAGGCCACAGCACUCCUUUAUCACCCACUGCACGGAUCCAGGAAGCCCCUUGGAAACCUGGCUGCAGACGGACACAUUACUAUGAAGCAUUGGGGCGAUCAUGCUCCAGACAUAGCCAAGUGGCCAUUGUUUGUGAGGAGGAAACAUUGCAGGAGGAGGAAACUUAUGAGGAGCAAUUGAAUGAAGAAGUUGAGUACUGUAAUGAUCCAAGUCUAUUGUCCACUGAAAUCCUCUCAUACCAAGAUGAUGAACAUAGACAACUAACUCCCCCUGAAGACAGUAAAGGAGAAGAUACUCAACCCUCUCCAAAGCGCGGGUUCCUGCGUUCCACAUCACUAAGUCGAAGAGCAUCCUUUCACCUAGAGUGUCUAAAGAGACAAAAAAAUCAGAGUACAGAAGUCCCACAGAAGACAGUACUACCUUUACAUCUGUUACAUCAUCAGGUGCUAGCAGUUGCAGGUCUGAGUCCUCUCCUUCACAGAAGCCAUUCACCAUUAAGAUCCACUCGGUCAUGUGCUACACCCCCUGCUACUCCCUGUACCCAGGGUUGGCCACAGCAGCCUAUUAAAACCUUGUGGCUUGAUGGAGAGGAGUCCAAUGAGAAACUUAAUAGUAGCUUCCCAUCAAUACACUGCAGCUCCUUAUAUUCUGAUGCCACCAGCUCUAGCAGCAGGCGGAAGGCCAGGCCAGUGUCCCUCACAGUUCCAAGCCAAACCAGAGAGUGUGGCAGACAAUUUCAUGGCAGUGCUAACAGCCUUGUUGAAGCGGUCUUGAUUUCUGAAGGACUGGUGCAGUUUGCUCAAGAUCCAAAGUUCAUUGAGGUCACGACCCACGAGCUAGCUGAUGCCUGUGACUUGACGAUAGAAGAGAUGGAGAAUGCUGCAGACAACAUUCUCAACAGUAACAGCAAGCCAAGCCCCAAUGGCAACCUCUUGCCUUUUGUUAACUGCAGGGACCCAGGGCAGGACUGUUUGGGAGAGGAAGAGGAGGCAGUCCAGAACCCAGAUUGUAGAAAAAAUCAAGAGGAGCCUAAAGACAGCAGGAUUUAUAUCAGCAGCCUGUAGUUGCCAAGGCUGAAAGUGAUGCUGGUUUUUUAAUUUGUUUCAAUGUUCCUAAUGGGUUUGUUUCAGAAGUGCCUCACUGUUCUCGUGACCUGGAGUAACCAGAACAGCGUUCUUCAUUCAUUUCUGUCAGGAGUCGCAGAGUUGGGUAGUGUAAAAGAGCUUUUCAGGAGUGAAUAUACAACCCCAGCAUGUGUCCAUGAAGGAAGAGUGAGGAGAGGAGGAGGAGAGUCAGCUCCCUCCUUUUUUCAGUCCCUGCACAAGGAACAACGGCUGCUUCCUGAAUGUGAAGGAAAACCUCAGCUUCCUAUGGAUGGCCCUAGCCAAAAGGACACUGUAUCAAACGGGUGUCUUUCAACUUUGCUUGUACAAAAAAGAAUCAUUUUGCACAUAUUCUGUAUGAGCCUCACCGUCUCCAUAAAGCCAAGGCCCUUUUGAUCUGCAGGUGGAAUAGAAGACUUCUGCUGCGGAUCUUUGCACUUUGAGGAGGAGGAGGAGGAAGCAGAAGCUGCAAGGGUAUAGGAGAUGCAGGUGGCAAUAUUGCAGAUGCUUGUUGAUGGAAAUGCAGAGACUCCCAGGCAGUUUGCUCUGCCAGCCAAUCAGAGCUCAGGCAGUCUUCUCUGCCAACCAAUCAGAGCUCAGACAGCUAGCUGCGCCAUCUGCUCAAAGAGCAGAAAGCCAGCUCUGUCAUACCGGAGUUCAGGCAACCCGCCCAUUUCGAAGAGAGGUGGUGAUGGGCUUAUGUAGAUCUCUCCUUGUUUUUGCUGUUUGAUAUUUUCUUGAAAGCAUGUUCCAUUUUUUUAUUUUUGAAUAUUUUAUUUUAUUGUAUUUUUUUUGAGGGAGGGGGCAAAGGGAGUGUUUACAAAGUUUUGUAAUCACCAACCUUUUUGUUUUCUUUUUGUUUUUCACCUUUGCAAUGUUUAAAAUUGGUUUGAUUACGUUGUACUAUUUUAAAAAAUUGUUUUUCUCCAUUUAAAUUUGGUAGAAGCUAAUGAUAUUAGAUGAAUUUUGCCAACCAUUAUGUACAUCAGAAUUUGUAAUUUUAUUUGAAAAAAUGGGAAAUUCAUUUUUUGUUGUUGUUUUAUAAUUUAAAGAUAGUAGGCAAUGCACUUGAUAUAGUCUUGCACAUAUGAGUGGUCGAAUUGGAUUCUUUUUAAUGCUAGGUAUAUUUGCAGGUGACUGAGUGAGUGAGCAGGACUGAGUGAGUGAGAAUGCACGCCUGAAAGUGUGUUACUGCAUACAGUUCUCCACUUCUGAUUACAACUGCAAGAGAGCUGUAUCUGGGGUCACUGAGUGUGAAAUAAAACCACUGUCUCUGCUUUUGAAAGGGGAAUCAGUAACUCUUUGCAUUUUCUGUUCCACAAGAUAUGCAAAAACAAUGCAAUAAUAUUAAUUUUGAAUACAAUUUGUGAAUUGUGUUGGCAUUAAAACUGUAUAGAAAAAAACAAGGGGAUUAAACAAAAAAGUAAGAAGGAGUUACGUUUCGAUAUAUUCCGUGUGAUGUUUUAUUGCAUUGAUAAUGUUUCUGUUGAAGAAACCGUAAUACUUGAAUUCAGGUCAGUUUCAGUAUUUUUCAACUAUUUUUUUAAAAUGAAUUGCAAUUGUGACAAGCAAAUAUAAAUGAAUUAAGUUUGUUUAAAGGAAAAAAUAACAAUUCUUGUAUAUUUUGCUGCAUGUAAAGUAAAUCAUUUCGUAUUUGGAUUGUGCCAAGCUUUACCUUUAAACUUUUAAGUGCUUUUCUACAUGUGGUUGGGGGAAAGGGGAUACAUUUUCUUUUCUUUUCUUUUCUAGUUUGUACAAUGAACAAAGUGUACCUGGUGUUAAGUAACUAUUCUGCAACCCAUUGACAGGUUGAACGUUAACUGAUUUUGCAUAUCUUGUGUUCACUUUACUUUUUCUGCACUCCCUUAAACAUGCACGAUAAUGAACUGAGAUGGGAAGAAUAUGUUGCUUUCUGAAGCUGGGAAUUUUUAUCCAGGUUUCAUGCCUUUGCACAGUUUCUCUCAAUGAGUCUCACUAAAAGAUGUGGCAAACUCCACAUUCCUGGAUAAUUUAGGUAGAUCCGUUCCUGUAAACUGAGCUGGCAUCAGCAACUCUAGUAAAGGAAAAUAUCUUAAUUCUUUUACUAUGGUAAAUAUAUGAGAAUAAUUAAUGUAGUGACAUCAAACAGGAAAGAACAAUGAUCUUCAGGAGUUAGUCAUUGGUUUAGUGUUACUUUUUUCUUUUCUUUUUUUUUGGCCAAAAGGGGCAUAUAGUACACUGUACAGAAUUUGCAAACUGAGAGGGACUGCAAAUAUUUUAAACUGAGGAUAGAGUAAACAUUUUUCAGUGACCAGAAAAAACUAGAGAGGUAAAUUGACAGCAAAAAACAAAAUUAAACAAGAAUAAACAGUAUGUUACCCAUAGGAAAGAAGAACCAGAUGCACAAGUAUAAGAUAGAGCUUUCAUUUCUAUUAAUGGAAGAACUGCAUAAAAUAUACGGAAAGUAAUGAUCUAUUUUAUAACUGCUUUAUAAUUGACAAAUUGAAAAAGAUUCACAAAAUGAUGAAAAAUAUGAAGAGCAGCUGAAGAAACCUGGUAUGUCUAGAUGAUGGGGGGAAAUGACUGAGAUCAGCAGAGACAUAAUGACUGUUUUUAAAAAGUUUUUUUUUAAGUUGAAGGGAAAUCAUAUGGCAAUUAUUCAUUAUCCCAGUCCAGAGAUGUGUGUACAUAGCAGUGUAAUAGCCAUAAAAUUGCUUGUAUUUAUGUAAUUGAACAUAUCUGCCACUGACUGAUUGAUCAUAUGGUUGGCACCAAUGUUUCCUGUAACAGGGAAGAUAGGGAUGAGAGAGAUUCCUGCCUGCAACGUAGGAGAAGCUGUUGCCAGUCUGUGUAGACAAUACUGAGCUAGAUAGACCAAUGGUCUGACUCAGUAUAUGGCAGCUUCCUAUGUCCUAGAUGUUGUUGACUACAACUCCCAGCAGCAAUGGCCUUUGGCUCGGGGUUAUGGGAGUUGUAGACAACUACACCUGGGAAUCCUUGUUACAGGGAACACUGGAUGGCACAGCCAUUUCUUAUAGCACCAAUCACUUGUUUGGGAUCAUCUCAAAUAGGUGCUUGGUGCUGUUAGAGCUGAUAGUAGCAGCCCAGUUGCACAGUGCAAGACUACGGUUCUUGGAACCAAACCUGCAGCACCCUUUUGUGUGCACAUUUCUUAAACCAAGAGGGAAUGCAUAUGCACUGUGCAUAUUAAUGGAAACUAGGACAGAAAAAACAAUUGAAAUUUCAGCUAGGCCAAAAAUAUCUAAGGAAACUCUUAUUUUGAAAAAAUUGACAGGUAACAGCUGAAGAUGCUUUUUGUAUAAGAUAUGCUGCCUCACAGCAAGAAGAUAAGCAACAUGACCUGUAGGGGUCCCCAUCCAACACUUAACUCUAGCUAGAUUAAUAUGUCACAUAGAACCAUGGUUUAAUUGUGGUUCUGUAUGAUGUUCCUGAGCCUUGGACUUGCGCACAAAGUGAAGGAGGUUUCUAUUUCCAACUGUGGUUUAGAACAAGUCAGGAUUAGCCAUGAUAUUCAAUCCCAGCAUCUUCUGGCUUGCUUUAAACAUAGUUUAGGAAGAAGCCAGGAUAUGAAACUGGGACUGAAUCUUUGGAAUUCACCAUCCCACAGUAAAAAAAUUUGGAGAGUGACUUCUAAAACUAUCAACCUGUUCCUACACUUUGCUUUGGCUGAAGUAGCACAAACUGAGAUUUCUGUGGUGCAGCAAAAGUCCCACACUUAACAGCAAAUGAAUUAUCUAUCUAUCCUUUAUUUUCAGAAACAAGCACUGGCUUAUUGGCUUCAAUUCAGCAUAGAAGAAAGCACACUUAAACUCACUGAAAUAAAUGGUCUUCAGUGUACUUAAUUGUGUAGGACUGCUGCCACUGACUGACAAUUUGACUAAUGAAGCAUGCAUGUCAGGAUGCUCUGCAGCAGCAUGCUGGGAGCCCAUAUACAACCCCUACAGGCACACUGUUGUACAAGGGGACUAAGACUUCCAAGUACAGUUCAUGUUCUGGAAGCACUCUGUGAGAUCGGAAACACUUCGCUGACCCUCAGUGACCUGUUUCCAAUCUUGCAGGGCGUUUCCAGAGCUCAGACAUCUACCCACUUGCUCAACAGAGCACAGUAGGGGACAAGAGGAGUUGCAUGCUGGCUUCCAGUGCACUCCUGCAGAACCUCCUUACAUUAACACUUCAUUAGUCUGGAAGUCUGCCAGCGGCUGACAAACUGCACAAUGGUACAUCAGCCUAGUAAUGCUGCAUGCACACAAGUUGUACAAAUACAAAAUUUGUACAAAUGUUACAUGAGAAUAAGCCCAUUGUUUACAAUAUGACAUCAUUUGCACAGUAUGCAUACUAGGCUGAUGUACCUUUGCACAGUAUGUGAGCCACUGUCUUUUCUGACUCUCUGUGUGCCUUCUGCUGGACAUGUAACCUUUACUUCAGAUCCUAUGCAUUCCAGCAGUGGAGGCCCAGAGCAUAUCUAAAGAUUGUAAGUUAACUCAUUUUUAUUAACAAACAGAAAAAUACAAAUCAUAAACACAUACAAGGAAAUUCCAUUAUAAUGAAGUCAGAAACUGAAGCCAGAUUUGCGAUUGAUUGUAUUUUUGAUUCAAAAACUGAAUUAUUUUAUUUAUUUAAAAAAACCUUUUUUUUUACCUUGCUUCUCAUUGUUAUAACAAUUAAUCUAAUUUAUUAAUAAUACACUAGGAAGUCUUAUUAAUAAUAAGACUUCUAUCCCUCCUUUCUAGGUCAGUCUUGAACUACUCAAGAUGGCCAACAUUAAAUUAAAAUUAUUACCACAAAAACAUGAAUAUACAAGUAAACAGGCAGCAGAUAAAAAUACAAAACCCUAAAACUAUACCAAAAGGAAGAGAGCCAACAGAAUCAAAUAAAAUCUAGGCCAUAGGUCUGCUGAAGUUAAAAUUAAAAAGUAUUCUGGUGAUGUUGGACUGCCAUCAGAAAGGGGCCAAGCAGAGCUCCCAGAGCAAGACGUUUCAGAGAGCGGGGAGGCAUGAUUGGAAAAUUUCUGCCAGUUGUGUCUUGAAUGCAAGCCAGACACACAAGAGAGCCUCUGCUGAUUACCUUAGUGGACAGCAGGAUCAUUCAGGAGGAAGUGCUCCUUAGGGAACUGAUCUCAGGCUAUUUAGAACUUUAAAUGACCAGCACACUUUGAAAUAUGCCUAGAAAUGGAACAGCAACCAGUGCAGCUAAUGCAAAAGAGAAAUCACUUGCUCCAAAAAGCUGGCCCUUCUCAGUACCCUAGCUUUACCAUUCUAUACCAACUACAGCUUCUGGAUAAUUUCCAAAGCCAGACCGACAUAAAGUGAGUUGCAGUGGUCCAGUUUCAAUGUAGUAAAGGUCAUGGCAAAGCUUGCCUUCCCCAGAAACAGGUACAACUGGCAUACCAGCCAAACGUGGACCAAAGCACUCCUGGCCACAGCAAACACUGGGAACGCUCCAUCAAAGAGCACUCUGAAAUGGCAUACCUUAUUUUUCAAGGGUAUUGCUACCCCAUCAAAAACUAGCUGAAACAAAAUCAACAGUCUUCCUGACCGAGCAUGUCUAUCUUGCCUGGAUUCAGUUUCAAUUUGGUCAAGUCCAUCAUAUUCCAAAUUUGUCUCAACUAUGCAUUUUCCUAUACAAAUUUCUAACAAAGCACUCUUGUUUUUAAAUAGAUAGAACCAUCCAAAAAAUCAAUAAAAUCUUGUUCUCAGAAUGACUCUAUUCAUUCUUGGCCCUUGAAAAGACAUUACACUACUGUGUGUACCGGUACAUCCUAUAAAGAAGAUUCCCAUAAUCACAUAUUGAUAUUGGCCAAUAAUUAAUCAAUAAGCAUAUAGGGGGUAAUCCAGAGUCCACCUGAAAACAAGUUGCUGUUUUAGUUUCACACUUUCACUUGGGAACAGAAGUCUGACAAAUCCCUGUUUAGUACUUCUGCUUCGAGGGUUGCAUGCACUAGAUCAUAUACUUUCAGUCUGAUUCUAAUCCAGAAUAGCUGCCACUCCUUGAUUCUGUACUCAUAAUCACUAUGAGCCAGUUCACUCAUGCACAUUCAGUAAUUACUCUGGCAGCAAGUGAUGAAUUGUGUGUGUGAAUGAACCAUAACAGACAAAACGCCAUAGACAGAACUACUACACCAUCUAAACUUCAAGGGGUCUAUUCUGAAGUGACCUACAUGGUGUGAAAACACUACAGUGAGUUCUUCCUGUGCUACAAAGAUAAUGUCUGAACUUCCAGACCACAUGGGACAAGACAACAUGACUCCUUCCCAUGAUGGCAUUGCCACAGUUUUGAGAGGGGUUAUUUAAUGUGGGAAGGCAGUGUGUUAUGGACUCCUCCCAAAUUAUCCAGACCUUUUUGACAUUACCUCAGAGGCACGGUAAAGACCUGCAUUGAAGCAUCUUUCAAGUACUAUCAAAAUGAGCCCAAAGCUUUUCUAUGGAGUCAGCUCACACAUUUAGCUGUGAGCUAUUAAGUAUUGAAUAAUCAAAUGAUGAUAGUUCAGGUAAUAUACACGUGAACCAGACCUAAACUGGAUCAGAAUCACCAGUCCCAUUGUAAGCAUGCAUUAAAGGGUGGGGGGGGAGAUCAAUUGUGGUUAUUCUUUACUGGGCAUGAAAACACAAUUGCACAUUUAUCAUCAGUUGUAUAUUGUGUAUUAUCAGCAACUGAGGCACUGGUUGCUAUAUGUUCCUUUAAAGGAGUUAAUUCUAUAUGUGGUAUAAUAUCAGAGGUAACUGGUUGUAUAUGGUGCUAUUUCCUUACCUCCUGUGGUAUGUGAGCACCUUUAGCCAGAUAAAUGGUCUCUCAUGCACCCAGUUCUAAGUAUUGUGUUGCUUUGUUGAAUAUUUGUUGAGGUUAAUGAGAGUUAAAUGGUGACUUUGCACAUUCACAUGAAGGCAUAGAGAACAUGUAACAAGUGACAGCAUAAGUAAGAAAACGUGUACACUGCCAGAUCAAUAUGUAAUGUAUGCAAGUGAUGUUGGUGAAUGUGAUUUCAUAUAUUUCCUGAUCAAAAUGCACAUUAAUUCUGUGCAUAAGGACCAAGCAGUGCACGUUUACACUGUCAAUGCAUCAAUAUUCACUGACAUCACUUGAAAACUAUGCAUUCUACCAGGCAAUAUACAAAAUUUCCUGGGCAGCAUCCAAACUAGUUAGUCAUGAUUAAGCUCCAUUGAAAUAAAUGAGAUGUGAGUCAUAACUAACUUAACUCCAUUAAUUUCAAUGGGAUUUUGUUAUGACUAACAUAGUUUGGAUGCUGCCCCCUGUUACACUGCCCAUUUGUGCAUAUUCUUCAUACUCUCAUGCGAAUGUGUAAUCACCUAUUUACUCAAAUUCUUCAUUCAGCUCACAUAAUCCACAACAUUUAUACAUCUGACAGGAGUUAAUGGGGUUGUUUUUUAGUAUAUACUGGUGCUAUAAUUUCUGUCAAAACAAAUGGUCAUAUAUAGAAGACACCAGGGUUAGGUAUUAAUGAACAUAAGGUACUGAGCAUUCAUAAACUUAUGUACAUAAGGUACUGGGUUUUUGUGGGAACAAUGAAAAGAACUGGGUGCUCAACUGGGUGCUGAAAAAAGCAAUUUAUUUAAAGCAGUUCUUCUGCCAUCACUGGUCACUUUAAAUAUUAGUUACAUGUCUGAUUAGAGAAAGAAAUUUCUAUCCUGAUUUAGCCAACAGAUUACAGCACUUCCUUCUGUGAUGAGUACUAUUCUAUCAGCAAUCAUGUUAGAGCUUAUUUCUCUAAUAUACUGUUCUCAGCCUACAUCCUCUUUGGUGUCAAUCAAUGCAAACAGAAAAGUGCCCUGCAGAUGUUUGUAUCUGAGAAGUUGGUGGACAAUGGCAGAGCUUGCUGGUGCUAGCACAGUCAUGGUUGUGCAUGGUUGCCAUUUAAUUGGUUGUAACACAGAUGUAGACAAGGAGAGAGACUGCAAUGGGCCAGAGCAAAGAGCUACUGUCUCUUUUAAGUGGGGCAUGGUCUGGUAGGGAAGAGGGGUCAGAUUUGGUUCUAUAAAAUGUCCUUUCUUUUUCCUUUGUAUUGGGCUUGCAUGCUGGAUACAAUCACUGCACUGCAGAUGGCAGCUUUACAGAAGCUAAAGACUGGGUUGUUUUCUAGAAGGGGAAAAUCAACUAUCACUCUUUUGAGUUUGACCACUUCUGCAGCUCGACAACUGUCUACACUGCAGACUAAAGACAUUUCUUGCAAAUACCAAGACCUCCAUCUUCCCCCAUCAUCUUUGGUCAUUCCACCAGACCGGUCAUGUUACUGGAUGUAUUUUCUUUUUCCUUCCUUAUUCCAUACGAUUUAAACAAUGGGAGGAAAUGUGGGAUUAAUGAUCCAGAGCUGGAAUUCCCUUAGCCCCAGAAUGUUUCUGCAUCGUCUGCUUCUUCAGGGGAACACAUACAAUGAAGAUGUUGAUUAUUAUGAUGGUGCAGAUAUUGCUGCUACUGCAAGGGAUCCAACCUGUUUUAUUACCCCAACCCCCAAUGCACUGGAAUUUGAAGGGACAGCCAAAGGAGCACUAUGUACAGGACUGCAUCUAUUUCUGCUUUGUUUUCUAAUCCUAACCCAAGCCCCACCCCAUUGAUGACUAUGACAACGACAACAACAAAAAAGGGCAAAUGCAUUUUUUACAUUUCUUGAUAAUUUCCAAAGCAAUGUAUCAUUGCUUUCUUUAGACUGAUGCCAAUAUAACAGUUGUAUGGGUCUCA